ACAGCAAUUAUUUUGGGCUGCACUGUAACAAGGGAAAGAAAAGAGGGAUUAAAGGGAUCAUCAGUCCCAUCACCAAGUUGUAUGAACUGUUUACAAUCUGAAAUUUAAAUAAAAUACAUGUUUACUGUAACAAAAAAGUUCUAUGGAUAUGCAAGUGUGUGAGUACUUACAAUAAGCUGAAAGGCUAAAUUGGUAUCAUAGUCAAGGUCAUAGAGAUAAUAUUUGGAGAAAUUGGGAAGGGGUAGCAAAAAGCUUUUCCAACAAGGUAAGGGCUAUUGCAGACUGGAUACCUCCUGUAGUAGGCUUCAUUAUGCUCAAAUUUGAUGGCAGCAGUUUAGUCAAUCCAGGGCCUAUUGGGAUUGGAGGAGUUUUCAGAAACAGAGAGGGUCAUGUUAUUGCUUUGCACUCAGGGCCGGCAGGUUUUGGGGACUCUAUACAUGCUGAAUUCCAGUUAGUGAUGCAGGAGCAUAGCUUGUCAGAGAUUUGAUGCUGACAGAUUGCUUAUUGAAAGGGAUUCCAAACUAGUUGUUGGGUGGUUAGAGGAUCUAGAUACAGUAUUGUGGACUUACAGGGAAGCAGUGGAAAGGUUUAAAUGGCUAACAACAAACAUGACUGUGAGAAUUCAGUGGGAAAGAAGAUCGGCUAAUGGGAUGGCAGACCAUAUAGCCAAGCAAGGGGCUUUUAGGUUAUUAAGGCAUUAAUUGGUUGUUGUAAAGUUGUAUUGCACUGACAACUAAAAAAAUGUCACGUAGGAGGACUAGGUGUACAGUUUUGAUUGAUGCUGAAGAAGCUGAAACUCAACAACAACAAGAAGCUCAACCACAAGCCACACAACAAUCCCAACCCCAAACACAACCUUCCCAACAACAGUCCCAAAUCCAACCACAAGCUACAUAUAAUGAAACACAGGUUGAAGCUUCUCAACGAAAGAGAACCCGUGGCCCUACAUUAUGCAAGGAUUUAUUUAAAAUUGAUCCCACAAAACGUCUGAAGGUGGGUUUUAAUGAAAUGUGGCAACCUAUUGGAGAUUCUGGAGGUAGCUUUAGUCAAUUUAUAGGGACCCUUGCAAGAAAUGGGUUGAAACUACCCAUUGAUGCUAGUGAUUGGAGGAAGGUGCCUCAAACGGCUAAGGAGGACUGUUGGAAUUCUGCAAAGCAAAUAUUUGUUAUUCCUGAAGAAAGCAAAGAUUGGUUCAUGAAGAACUUGGGUAUCAAAUGGAAAACGUGGAAGUACCAAGUGAAAAAGAAAUACGAAACUAAUGCAAAUAAUCAAAGGCCUGUUGGUGAUCCACGCAUUAAUAAUGAGCAGUUAUCUAAUUUGGUAGCUCGGUGGAAUUCUGGCAAGUGGAAGUAUCUUAGUUCUAAAAAUAAAAGCAAUCGAGAAAAGCUACAGUUAGUGCACUGUGCAGGCACGAAGUCUUUUGCUAGGAUCCACCAUGAUGAGGAAAAGUUCAUGACCCGAGCAGAAUUAUUUGUCAAGACCCACACGCGGAAUGAUGGAAAGGCUGUCAAUGAGGCCUCUGAGAAUGUCAUUGCAAGUACACGGAUACAACAAAUUAUGGCUUCCCAAACUGUUCAGUCUUUAUCACAAGCUACCCCUAUUGCUGCAAAAGAUGAUGUUCUUAGUCAAGUACUUGGUGAAGAGCGUGGUGGACGUGUUCGUGGUUUAGGGUUGGGCCCAACUCCAAUAUCUUUGUGGGGUGCAACCACCAAGCAUCAAAAUAUAGAACUAGUUGCUGAGAAUGGAGAGCUUAAGGAACAGAUUAACUCAUUAACCAAUAAAUACAAUGAGUUGGAUGAUAAAUUGAACAAGGUUCUAGUGAUGCUGCAUAACCGAGAGGAUUCAACCAAUGUUCCAUUCAUAAAUUCGCCACACAGUAUGCAUUCCUCUAGAGCAAGCCACAUGGCUGGAAGCCUUGAUCUUCAGGAUGAUGAGGUUCCCAACAAUUCUCCUUUAGUUAAUGAUACUGUCAUUCCUGCUAUGCCAACAACAAAUAAUCAGGAUGGUGUUCAUACUACUCCUGUGGUUGGUGGCAUUGUUAAUCCUACUGCAGAAGAAAUAAAUAAUCUGUGUGAACCGGUAAAAUUAUUGGACUUGGACAAUGAGGUGGUUGCUUAUGCUCUUCUCAAGAACAGAGAUCCUACAAAAAAAGUACAAGGGCGACAAUUGGGAGAUAAAUGGUCAGAAGUACUAGUUAGGCUUUCAAUGAAUGACAAUGCACCACUUAUGAGGACAGAUGCACAACGUAUAACCAUCAAAGAUGCUGUUGCAACACAAACAAUUGCUUGGCGAAAUGAUUAUAUAGAACCAGAUCUUUUCUUGGCAAAAAGGAAUUUCAUUAACAGUCGUAGAGAUGCAAUCAGCAGACAGGCCAUAGAUGCAAACUCAACUCAGGAAAGACGGCGGACACAAAGAAACAAAAAAACAAGAGGCCAGGCUAAACAACAAACUGCAAUGUCUCCAAAUUUGUAAAACAAGAAGAGUUUGAAGCUAACGGAGGGAUUAACUAAUCAGGUGGGGCUCGAUAUAACAACUUCAUUAACUCUAUCUGCUCUUUCAGCAGCUAAGCAGUGACCAACCCUGUUUCCAUUAUGAGAAAUAAAGAGAACUGGGCCUACUGACCUUUUGCCAAUUGAA